AUGUCUGACAAACUUACCCGUAUUGCUAUCAUCAGUACUGACAAGUGCAAGCCAAAGAAAUGUAGACAAGAAUGUAAAAAGUCCUGCCCGGUCGUGCGAAGUGGUCGUCUCUGUAUCGAAGUUACCCCCGAGUCGAAAAUCGCUUUCAUCUCCGAGAACCUUUGCAUUGGUUGUGGUAUCUGCCCUAAGAAGUGCCCAUUCGGUGCUAUCAACAUUAUCAAUCUGCCAACAAAUUUGGAGUCCCACGUAACUCAUCGAUACUCCGCCAACAGUUUCAAGUUGCAUCGAUUGCCUACACCACGUCCAGGACAAGUUUUGGGAUUGGUUGGUUCCAACGGUAUUGGAAAGAGUACAGCACUCAAGAUUCUCAGUGGAAAGUUGAAGCCAAAUUUGGGUAGAUAUGAUAACCCACCCGACUGGCAAGAUGUUAUCAAAUACUUCCGUGGCUCUGAAUUACAAAACUAUUUCACGAAGAUUUUGGAAGAUGAUUUGAAAGCAAUUGUCAAGCCCCAAUAUGUUGACAGAAUUCCGAGAGCCAUCAAGGGGCCAGAUAAGACCGUCCGAGGUUUGAUCGAAGGUGUUGCAACAAUGGACAAUUUCAAGGAGGUCUGCGACAUUCUGGAGUUGAAUCAUAUCAUGGAUCGAGAUGUCAACCUUUUAUCUGGUGGAGAACUACAAAGAUUCGCCAUUGCAACUGUUUGUGUGCAGCAGGCCGAUGUCUACAUGUUCGAUGAGCCAUCUUCGUACCUAGAUGUAAAGCAACGUCUUAGCGCUGCUCAAAUCAUUCGAUCAUUGUUGAGACCUGAUGAUUACGUUAUUUGCGUUGAGCACGAUCUUUCGGUUUUGGAUUACUUGUCGGACUUCAUCUGCGUUCUGUACGGAAAACCCGCUGUUUACGGUGUUGUCACUCUCCCAGCCUCUGUCAGAGAAGGUAUCAAUAUCUUCUUGGAUGGUAACAUCCCAACUGAGAACUUGCGAUUCCGAGAAGAGUCUUUAACUUUCAAGAUUGCCGAGGCUGCCGAUGAAUUUAUGGCAGACAGAUCUCGAGCAUUCCAAUAUCCAUCCAUGGAAAAGACUCUUGGUAACUUCCACUUGUCUAUUGAGGCAGGAGAUUUCACCGAUUCCGAGAUUGUCGUCAUGAUGGGAGAGAACGGUACUGGUAAGACUACUUUCUGUAAGAUGCUUGCCGGUGCCACUCAACCCGACGGCAAUCAAAAAGUUCCUGGAAUGAAGGUCAGUAUGAAGCCUCAAAAAAUCACGCCAAAGUUUGAGGGAACAGUCAGACAACUCUUCUUCAAGAAGAUCAAGACUGCCUUCCUUCUGCCUCAAUUCCAGACCGACGUCGUCAAGCCUCUCAAGCUCGAAGAAUUUAUCGAUCAAGAAGUCAAGACUUUGUCCGGAGGAGAAUUGCAGCGUGUGGCUAUCGUCCUUGCUCUUGGUAUCCCCGCAGAUAUUUACCUUAUUGAUGAACCCUCUGCCUACCUCGAUUCCGAACAGCGUAUCAUCGCUGCCCGUGUCAUUAAGAGAUUUAUCAUGCACUCGAAAAAGACCGCUUUCAUUGUCGAGCACGAUUUCAUUAUGGCUACUUACCUCGCGGAUCGUGUUAUUGUCUUUGACGGCCAGCCUGGUAUCGAUGCUCGCGCCAAUACCCCCGAAUCGUUACUCACUGGCUGCAACAAAUUCCUGAAGAACCUCGACGUCACUUUCCGUCGUGAUCCAUCUAACUACAGACCUCGUAUCAACAAACUUAACUCCCAAUUGGACCAGGAGCAGAAGUUGAAUGGCAACUACUUCUUCUUGGAUGAGGAUGACAAAGCUGCUACUAGUUGA